AUGACCAGCUCAUCGAAAUCUGCUAGUUAUUCUCGAUCUGACCCCCAGAACAAUUUGAUUUCUUCCUCGGGCUAUAUCUUGCCGGGCCCUCAACACCAACACCAACAUCCCCGCAUGUCCAUGGACAACAUCAACCCUCCAGGCCAACACCCAGCCCAAUCUUCAUCCUUUCUUGAUGCUUCUUCGCCCAUUUCCGUCGAUUUUAACUUUCCUUUUGCUGGCAGUCCUCAUGGAAGUAGCAAUAGUGGCAUCGAUGCCCCUCCAGAUAUUCGACUCAGUCAUGCCCAGAGCUUCCCCAACCGCGCUUCACUCCAGGACCAAGCUCGUUACACUUCUGGCAGAGUCCCCAGUCCUCAGCAUCGUGCCAGUUUAGCCAGUAUUGACUCCGCCUUUGAUCAUGAUCUUUUUGGUCCCACGACAAUGAAUCAAUGGACUCCCACCAAUUCAGCCAAUCAAGCCGUCAGCAAUUCUGAUUCUUCGCCAAGAAAAGCCGCCAGUACCACCGAGCACGACAAGAAGCUGCCCCUAUCUCUCGACGACGAGAAACCACCUGCCUGGAGCGAACUCAAGACCAAAGCCGGUAAGGAACGCAAACGACUUCCAUUAGCGUGUAUCGCUUGUCGCCGCAAAAAGAUCCGAUGCUCGGGCGAGAAGCCCGCUUGCAAACACUGCCUUCGAGCCAGAAUCCCAUGUGUCUACAAAGUCACCACUCGAAAGGCCGCGCCAAGAACCGACUACAUGGCCAUGUUGGACAAGAGAUUGAAACGCAUGGAAGACCGCGUCAUCCGCGUUAUCCCCAAGGAUGAACUUCCUGACUUGAGCUCCACUGGCCGGGCUUCUGUUCGGCCCCCGUUGCCCGGCCAGACGCCGAAGAAGGACAAGGAACAGGCCAAGAAACGUUCUGCCGAUGAAGCAUUCACUCAAGAACUCAACGACUGGAGAACUACCAAGGAGAAGUCGACCCUUCUCGAUCCCACUGCCGGAUUACGAAAGCAACGUGAAGGCGAGAAUAAACUCUUCAUUGAAGGAUCCGAGUCACUACCGCCCCAGCAUAUCCAAGAACACCUGGCAGAGGUCUUCUUCGAUUGUGUCUACGGCCAGUCUUACCUCCUCUUGCACAAGCCCAGCUUCAUGCGGAAAUUGAAAGCAGGCACCAUCCCACCAGUUCUCAUCCUCGCCGUCUGUGCCAUAUCAGCCCGAUUUUCAACUCAUCCCCAAGUGAGCACCGAGCCGGCAUUUCUCCGUGGGGAACAAUGGGCCACACCUGCUAGACGCAUCGUAGAGAAACGCCACUAUGAACCCAACAUCACCAUCCUUACCGCAAUGUUGAUGCUGGGGCUGCACUAUUUUGGCACAUGCGAAGGUGGGUUGUCCUGGUCUUUCGGAGGCCAGGCCAUGCGGAUGGGCUAUGCCUUGCAACUACACCGAGAACUCGAUCACGACCCGCUGGGCCGCAACCAAAUCGUCAACUCCAACGACUCGAGCAAGAAAGGGCCCAAACCGCCCGAGUUGUCAUUUACGGAUCGCGAGAUUCGCCGAAGAACAAUGUGGGCAUGCUAUCUGAUGGACACGUUCAACUCGUCCGGGACCGAGCGACCAUCAUUCCUCAACGAAGACUACUAUCAGAUCCAACUACCCAUUCAAGAAUCACAUUUCCAGAUGGAAGUCCCAGGCACGACAGAAGACCUAUACGGAAACGUGCCGAUGGCGAACAACAAAUCCUCGCUCAACGCCGGCGCCAACAACGACGCCGCCGCGGAAGCCAAGGCCAACAUGGGCGUGGCGGCAUAUAUCGUUCGUGGUGUCGUGCUCUGGAAACGGAUCGUUAAAUACCUCAACCUAGGCGGGAAAGAAAAGGAUCCGCACUCCAUCUGGGACCCCUUGUCUCAAUUCGCCACGCUCCAGCGACAGAUCCAACAACUCAAAGCCUCCCUUCCUGAACACAUCAGCUACAACACCGACAACCUGGCAACGCAUGUCUCCGAGCGGCUCGCCAACCAAUUCAUCUUCCUGCACAUCGUGCUCGCACAAGCAUCCCUCUUCCUCCACCGUUUCGCCAUCCCAACGACCCCGUCGCACCGCCCACACCAACACCACCAGCACUUCACCGCCGCCGGGAUGCCGAAACCGUUCCUCACCAAUUCCGCCAACACGGUGAUCGAGUCCGCCGCACUCAUCUCGAAGCUCAUCUCGGACUCGACGGGCCACACGAUGACGGUGCCGUUCGCGGGCUACUGCGCGUACGCGGCCGCGACGGUGCACGUGUGGGGCAUCUUCAGCAAGAACGCGAGCCUCGAGGCCUCGAGCAAGGAGAACCUGCGCCACAAUUACAAGUACCUCACGCGCAUGAAGCGCUACUGGGGCAUGUUCCACUACAUGGCCGAGAGCGUCAAGGACAUCUACCGCGCGUUUGCGGACGCCUCGCUACGGCAUGGCGGCGGGGGCCCGUCCCGACCUCUCAGCCGCGGCGGGGGCCAGCAGCAGCUCCCAUCGUCUCUCCUCCGCCGGCCCUCCGCCGCAGGGAGCCAGACACUAAUGGACCUUGACGGGCUGCCCCUCGGCGGCACCACGACCGCACCAUCAACAAACCCGCCCUCACGCAGCGAAACCCCCGGCCUCGCCUCCUCCGCCGGCGACAAGGCCAACAACGCCGCAGGAGGCCACAACGCUAGCUCCUCGUCCGGAUCCAACAAAGCGAUGUUCCAGUACGGCGACUGGUUCGAUAAGUACCCGCACGGGGUGAGCGAGAGCGAGUGGGAGAAGUCGCACCUGGAGUACCGGCGGGAGGCGGGCACGGCGGACGCGGUCAUGUCGCAGCGCAGCGAUCUGCAGUCCGUCGAGGAGUUCUUCGCGAGCCUGAGUCCGCCCAGCAAAGGCGAGGAUGGGCCUGGUGCUGGCCAGGGGGGUGGACCCGGGGGUGCAAGAGGCAAAAAGGUCGCAAGAAAGAGGGGGAAGAGUGUCGCUGAGAACAAGAAAGGCGCUACGGCUACAACUACGGGAGCGGGAGGAGCAGGUGGCAAUGCUUCUGCUUCUUCGUCUGGUGGCGCAGGUGGCGGAGGAGGGCUAUCAUCGUCAUCGGACGCUCAACGCCAACAGCAGCAGCAACAACUUCAACUUCAACAACAACAGGGACAACAAUCCCAACCAGGCAUAUUGAUCCCGGUAACGACACCGACGGGAACAGAUCUGAACCUCAAUCUAACACAUCCGUUCAACCCUUCCGACUUUGACAUCACCUCCCCCACGCUAUACCAUACGCCUCAAUUCUCAGGCGGCCAACAACAAAACCAACAAGGUCCCAACGACCCAUACAACUACAACGCAUCCGCAUUCCCCUUUGCGUCGGCGCUCCCGGAAAUCGACCGGCAGAUGGUAUUCGGCGCAUACGCGGGGCUCGAUCCUUCCAAUGCCUCGACGCACGGCGGCACAGGGGCGCUGAACGAGCAAUCUCCCUCAAUGGGUGGCCACUUCGGCUCGAGCAGUAAUCCAUGGGAGGGGAUCGACAUGGGUGGGUUCGGUGGGUACGGAGACAUGCAUAGUGGAAUGAUGGACACGAGUUCUUCGGCGUGGCUGCUUCCAUUCAACAUUGAGCCGCCGAGUUAUGGAAACAUGGAGGAUUACGGCGGAACGGCGCUAGACGGCAUGGAUCUAGGUGACCUUGCUGGUCCGGCUGCCGGUGGUGCGGGCAGUGACGUUGGUGGAUUCCGGGAGCAGACGUGA